UAUUUACAGACCAACACUUUUUGCUUGACUUGUAGAAGAUCUAUUUGAGUCAUUGCUCAGGAUAAAGACCAUAGCUGUGCCUCAUCAUGGCAGGGAGCUCCUUGACAUUAUGUAAAGACAAGCUGUUUAAAGUUUUAGUCAUAGGGGAUCUAGAUGUUGGAAAGAGCAGUAUUAUCUUGCGCUACGCUAGCAAACGCUUUGAUGAGGGAUACAAAUCCUCCAUAGGCGUUGACUUUGCUCUGAAAACAAUCGAAUGGGAUCGCAAUACAGUGGUGAGACUGCAGCUUUGGGAUAUUGUAGGUCAGGAGAGGUUCAAGAAGAUGUCCAGAGUGUACUACAAAGGUGCCAUGGGAGCACUUGUUGUUUUUGACAUAAGAAACAGCUCCACCUUGGAGGCUGCCUCAAACUGGAAACAGGACCUAGAUAGCAAAGUGUGUCUGGAAAGCGGACGUCCGGUGCCUGCUGUCCUUGUGGCCAACAAAUGUGACCUGACAGGAAACGACAGCGAUGUGGCGGGCUCUCUGGACGGCUUCUGUAUUGACAACAGCUUCACGUGCUGGUUUAAGACUUCUGCAAAGGAAAAUGUAAAUAUUGAUGAGGCAUUUGCCUUCCUUGUCAAACAAAUGAUGCGGUGCGAUGCUGGCCUGUCUAAUGAAGAGGACGAUGGGGGCUUGCUCAAACUGAAUGUACCUCGUGAGGAGAGUAAGAGCCGGACGCCGUGCUGCUGAAGACCACAGCUCUGAUUCAAAGAGACACACAACAGUAGAUAGACAGUUUCAUAUUUACGCCUUGUUAUGUUACACAGUAAGGUGUGGACAGUGUGGGCUGCCUCAUAAACACGUUUAUCUGAUAAUCCACUGACACUGUCAGGCUAAUAAAGCAAUCAGCACGAUACACA